AUGUCGAUCAGCCCACUCCCAAAGGCACUAUUCUUUGACGUCUUUGGCACCGUCGUGGAGUGGCGCUCCUGCGUUACUCAGGCCCUGAUGAAAGCGGCUGAGAAUGCUCUGCUUGAUCCUGGGAAGCAGCUCCCAGCGGACGUCCGCGCACGGGUACAGGCCACGACCUCUGAGGACUGGCAGGCCAUUGCGGAAGAAUGGCGCGCGUCCUAUGGCCGGUUUACGAAGAACUUUGAUUCAACAUCGACGUUCGUAUCGGUGGAUGAACAUCAUUACAGCUCUAUUAAGCAGCUGCUCCACCAGAGAGGUCUCCACGACAUACUCUCUGAUGAAGAGCGAUGGGACCUUGCACUCUGUUGGCAUCGGCUCGAGCCUUGGUCGGACUCGGUCGAAGGCUUAGAGCUGUUGAACCGCCGGUUCCAGACUUGCACUCUGUCGAACGGCAAUGUGUCUCUUCUAGAAGAUCUUUUGAAGUAUGGGUCAUUGCCAUUCAUGAACGUGGCCAGCGCUGAGCACUUCGGAGCCUAUAAGCCCGCCCUUCGAGCGUACCAUGGAGCAGCCGAGCGGUUCGGCUUGGAUCCCAGUGAGUGUGGUAUGGUAGCAGCGCAUUUGUACGAUCUCAAAGCGGCAAAGAAAGCAGGCUUUAUGACAAUCUACGUCGAACGGCCCCAGGAGGAGAGCUUCACCGCUGAACAGAUUGCCGAAGCCAAACAGGAGGGUUUUGUCGACCUGUGGCUCGAGCAUGGCUACAGCGGUCUAAUUGGGGAAUCCAAAGUGCAUGGCCAUGCCGAUGCAGACGGUCACUUCCGGCGCAAGGAGUCCGCCUUCCGCUCGACCGUAUCUUCGGAUCCUGAUGCGGAAUUUCCUGCUGAAAAGGACCGCUAUGUCUUGUACCUGACCUACGGAUGUCCGUGGGCGCAUCGUACUAACCUGGUUCGAUCUCUCAAGGGCCUAGAGGAUAUCAUCCAGCUCGUGGUUUUGGACCCCGAGCUGGGGCCCGAAGGUUGGUUCUUUUCUGGCCGAUGGGGGUCCGCUGAAAAAGAUCCCUUGUAUGGGUUCACAAAGUUGAGCCAAUUCUAUUUUAAGGCCGAGCCGGACUAUGAAGGGCGCUAUACCGUUCCGAUGCUCUGGGAUAAGAGAAAGGAAACGAUCGUGAACAACGAGAGUGCCGAGAUCAUCAGAAUGCUUUACACAGAGUUCGACCAACUUCUGCCGGAGGAGCUGCGUGAGGCCAACCGGCCUGGAGGGGGUUUCUACCCGGCACAUCUGAGGUCAGAGAUUGACGCAAUGAAUGAGUGGGUGUAUCACAAGAUUAACAAUGGAGUGUACAAAACCGGAUUCGCCACAACGCAGGAGGCUUAUGACGCGAAUGUGUAUCCACUGUUCGAGGCCCUGGACCGCGUUGAGCAGCACCUGGCACAUCCAGGCCAUCAGCCAUACCUGUUUGGGGAGAAUAUCACGGAGGCGGACAUUCGACUGUACACAACCAUUUGUCGGUUCGAUGUAGCCUACUACCUGAUCUUCCGCUGCAACCUCAAGAUGAUCCGGCAUGAUUAUCCGCUGAUCGACCGUUGGUAUCGACGGCUGUACCAUGAUGAAACGCAGCGUACCCGAGGCGGAGCAUUCAAGAAGACCACCUUCUUUGGCAUAUACAAAUUCGGCUACCUGAAGGCGCUAGGGAAGCGAUCGGGCAGCACUCAGACGAUCAUUCCGGCUGGUCCAUUCCCGGACAUCCUGCCCCUCGAGGCGUAG